UCGCCGCGCCGCCGUCUUCUUCGCCGCCGGCCAGCCUCGCGCAAGGUACAGGGAUGCCGCCCAAGGGGAAGCGCGGGCGUGGGAGGCCGCGCAAGGUCCCCGCCGCCGCCAAGGAAAACGGCGACAAGACAGUAAAGGAGGAGGAAACACAGAUUUCUACUGAGGAGAAUGGCACAGGGCGAACUGAGGCCCCAAGAACAGUAAGAAAGCGCAAGAGGGUUCCUGCUGGUGACCCUUCUACUACUGACCCUCCACCCAGGCAGCUCAGGGGUAGGCGGAACGUUCCGGUGGUAGACUACAAGGAGAAAAAGAACAUGAAAAAGACCGAUGGAACUUCAACCAUGUGCCAUCAGUGCCAGAGGAAUGACAGUGCAAGAGUUGUGAGGUGCCAGAAUGGUACUGAAAAUAACAGGAGGCACAGAUACUGUGUCAAGUGCAUCAAGCGCUGGUACCCACAUCUAACAGAGCUUGAUUUUGAGAAUUUCUGUCCGUUUUGUCGUAAUAACUGCAAUUGUAAGACUUGUCUGCGGGCAAACAUAAAAAUUAAUGAUGACAAAAAGGAUGGGGGUGAUCAUAGUAAGAAUAAGGAAUACUCUCUGCGCAUAGCACACUUUUUGCUACCUUGGUUGAAACGGCUCCAUCAAGAGCAGAUGCUAGAGAAAUAUGUUGAGGCCACAAUUAGAAAGAUCGAUGUAUGCGACUUGGAGGUUCCUCUAGCUCAGUUUAAUCAUGAUGAGCGGAUGUACUGUGAUAACUGCAGGACUUCUAUUGUUGACUUCCACAGAAGUUGCAAAAAUGGUCACUAUGAUCUCUGCCUCAGCUGCUGCCAGGAGUUGCGUCAAGGUCUUACUCCUGGUAGCAUUGUCACACGUGACACAGUUGGUGAUGUACCUAAAAUAGAAGGCAAGGAAGGUUUGCAGGAGGGAAGUAGUCAUAAUAACGCUUUAGUUCAAGGGGCUUCUGAUCAACAGAAUGGCAUAGUGAUAGGUAGUGUGGCUCCUCCAGAGGAUUGCACUCCUAGUUUGAGGCAAUGGAGGGCAAAUAGCAAUGGAAGCAUACCAUGCCCGCCUAAAGCAUUAGGUGGUUGCGGAGACUCCAACGACUGUCUUCUUGAACUUAGGUGCUUACAUGAGGAGAAGUCUAUUCCUGAUUUACUGGAUAAAAUCAAUUCAGUAGUUCCUGAGUUACUGGAUAAAGUCAAUUCAGUAGUCAAUAAGGGAACAGAGCAAGAGUUGGGAGGUUCUAGAUGUUCCUGCUUCACUGAAUCUGGUGAUUACAAUGAAACAUCACGGAAAUCAGCUUGCAGAGAGAACUCUGAUGGUAACUACAUAUAUUGUCCAACUGCUAGGGAAGUUCAAAGUGGAGCUUUAGAUCAUUUUCAGCAGCACUGGUUGAAGGGUCAGCCUGUCAUUGUUCGUGACGUUCUUGAGCUAACUUCUGGACUGAGCUGGGAGCCAAUGGUUAUGUGGCGGGCCUUACGAGAAAAGAGAGACAAGAAAGAGCAAGAGCGGCUCUCUGUUAUAGCUCUUGAUUGUCUGACAUGGUUUCAGGUCGAUAUAAAUAUUCACAUGUUCUUUGAGGGGUAUUCCCGUGGAGCUGUUGGCUCGGAGGAUUUGCCUGUGCUACUUAAGCUUAAAGAUUGGCCACAACAUAGUUCCUUUGAGGAGCGCCUGCCACGACAUGGUGCUGAGUUCAUGUCUGCACUACCAUUUCGUGAGUACACAGAUCCAAAAUCUGGUCCACUUAAUCUGGCAGUGAAGCUUCCAGAAGAAGUUAAAAAGCCAGAUCUUGGUCCAAAGACAUACAUUGCUUAUGGUGUCCCCCAAGAGUUGGGAAUAGGUGAUUCUGUUACGAAGAUUCAUUGCGACAUGUCUGAUGCGGUUAAUAUUCUCAUGCAUACUGAUGAGUUAAAACUCAGAGCUGAAAGAAUAACAGCAAUAGAGAAAAAGAAAGAGAGCUUACGUAACGAAGAUAGAAAGAAUCUUCAUGUUCUGCGAACAGAUCGUGACAAUGAUAUGUCAAUCGCUCUCAGUGCAUCAACUGAAGUGCCACAACCUCAAGGACUUCAAAAUGGCUCAAGCAUUAAGCAGCCAGCACCAGAUGUUGCUGUAAUGGACCAGGGUGGUGUUCAUACAUAUAUUGUAGCUGAUGAUGCUGAGGGGAACUCAAGUCCGUCUAAUGGGAAAUCACCCAUUCAAAGUGAUGCGCAUAAUAUGUAUAUUACUUCUUCCAAUGGGAAAGCGAGCCAUUCUUUCUGCACAGUUGAUGGUAUAGAGAAGGUGGACAAUGACUUUGAGAGGGAAUCUUCUAAUGGUGUAGGGCCAUCUGAAUCUGCUGAUUGCCAAAGACGGAGUAGGCGGUGUGAUACUAGCUCUUCCAGUGCAACAGGGGAAAUAGACAAAACCAGCAUGGAGACUAACAAAUUUUCCAUAUCUAUUGAGCCCAAAGAUGGUCACCCAUUUGUUGAGGGAAGCCAGACAGAGGGCGGUGCCCUGUGGGAUAUCUUCCGACGUGAAGAUGUCAGCAAAUUGCAUGAUUAUCUGAUGAAGCAUGCAGAAGAGUUUAGACAUUAUAACUAUGAAACAGUCAAACAGGUUUCUCAUCCUAUACAUGAUCAAUGCUUUUAUCUAACAAAUGAGCACAAGAGAAAGCUCAAGAAAGAAUAUGGAGUUGAGCCUUGGACAUUUGAACAGAAACUUGGCGAGGCUGUGUUUAUCCCAGCAGGAUGUCCCCACCAGGUCAGGAAUUUGAAGUCGUGUAUAAAGGUUGCUCUUGACUUUGUUUCUCCGGAAAAUCUGGAAGAGUGCAUCAGGUUAACAGAAGAAUUUCGCUUGCUUCCAAAGGGUCAUAGGGUGAAUGAAGACAAACUAGAGGUUAAGAAGAUAGCUUUUUAUGCAAUUAAAAAUGCUAUUGAGGAUAUCACCGGAAACAAUUGCAAUGAAAGGACAAAGGGUGAAGGGAAAGAGGAGACAUCUGCCCCCGGUGAUAGUUAAGGAGGAGAAGCUCCAAAAGUAACCUGCGCAAGGCCCCAAGUGCUGGAAAUUUGCUGGCCACGCAUGAUCUCUGCGGCGGCAUUUUGUUGUUUAGAAACAAUGGUUCUUCUCGUGAUAGGUGACAGCUAGUGAUUUUUAGAGUAUGUGAAGAUUGGAGAUAGUUAAUUAUUGAGCUCUGUACCAUCAUCAUACAUGAAGACGACGGCUUCAAACUACAGGACGGUCGACUAUGUACUUCAUCCCUUGGUUGUAUGGGAUGCAUCCUUGAUUUGCUUGCUUGCAACCAGAGAGUAACAAUCAGCACUUGUGCUAGUUUAUAACUUUGUAUUAUUUUGUGUACAAUCAGCAGCAUUUCAUGGCUGUUAAAAA